AUGUCUCAACCUGAUCCGAAGCGCGUCAAGACCGAUGACGAAGCUCCCUACGAGCUCAUCUACUGGCCCACCAUCCCCGGCCGCGGGGAAUUCGUCCGCCUCGUCUUUGAAGAAGCCGGCGUCCCCUACAAAGACAUUGCGCAGAACCAAGAGGAGGGCUUCAACGCCGUCAAGAAACUCACUGCCACCGAUAACAUUGGCGAUAACCACAACCCGCCUGCUCUAGCUCCUCCGGCACUCAGGCACGGCGAUUUACUCAUCUGCCAAACCACAAACAUUCUUCUCUACGUCGCACCCAAGGUUGGGUUGGCGCCCAAGGAGGGCAAUGGGUUGUACCACCUCAACCAGAUUGCUCUGACUAUCAUGGAUGGUCUCGUGAAUGAACUCCAUGAUACUCACCACCCCAUCGACGUUAGCGCGUACUACGACGACCAAAAGGAGGAAGCCAAGAAGAGAUCUAGUUUCUUUGUCAAGGAACGGAUCCCCAAGUACUUCAAGUACAUGCAGCGACUGCUCGAUGCCAAGACCAGUGGAGAAGGACCAUGGUUAUACGGCGAUAGUCUUACGUACGCAGACCUCGUACUGUUCCAGGCCGUUGAUGGUACCAAGUUUGCUUUCCCCAAAUCUGUCGAGAAAUUGGAAAAGUCUGGCGAAUACGAUGGUGUUUUCAAAGUAUACGAAGCCGUCAAGGAGAGGCCCAACAUCAGUAAAUAUCUUCAAAGCGAUAGACGCUAUGCCUACUCGGAUGGUAUUUACCGAUACUACCCUGAGCUGCAAGAAGAGUAA